GGGCUGACCGCCCUCCUCAACGAAAAUGCCCCCAAGGCGAUGAAGGAGCACGACAUCAAGACCUUGUUUGGAAGAAAAGUAGCUAUCGAUGCAUCCAUGUCAAUCUACCAAUUCCUGGUCGCCGUCCGACAGAAGGAUGGUACCAUGUUGAUGAACGAGAACGGAGAUGUCACCAGUCAUCUCAUGGGGUUCUUCUUCCGGACCCUUCGUAUGGUCGACCACGGUAUCAAGCCGAUGUACGUCUUCGACGGGAAACCACCUGAUCUCAAAGGAGGAGUUUUGGCAAAACGUUUCGCUACGAGGAACGCGGCUGCGGAAGCUGAAGCCGAGGCCAAAGAAGUCGGAACAACGGAGGAUAUCGACAAAUUGGCGAGGAGACAGGUCAAGCCGACCAGACAGCAUAAUGAGGAGUGUCGACGAUUGUUGGGUUUGAUGGGGAUUCCAUUUUUGAUCGCCCCUGGAGAAGCUGAGGCGCAGUGUGCUGAACUGGCUCGAGCCGGAAAGGUCUAUGCGGCGGGAUCCGAAGAUAUGGACACGCUCACGUUCAACUCGCCGCUUUUGCUCCGACACUUGACCUUUUCGGAGGCGAAGAAGGCUCCUAUUUCCGAGAUCAACUUGAAGGUCGUCCUCGAAGAGCUCGACAUGACUAUGGAGAGGUUCAUCGAGCUUUGUAUCCUACUCGGGUGUGAUUACCUCGAACCCGCCAAGGGCAUCGGCCCAAAGACCGCGCUCAAGCUUAUGAGAGAGCAUGGAAGUUUGGAAGCCAUCGAAUCCUUUGUCCGGGGCAAGAUGGCCGAGAAGGUCGCCGACGCUCAAGCCGAAGCGGGGAUCGAGCCGGAAGAGAUCGAGUCGGACGAAGAGGACAAGGCUCCUCCUAGCCCCGACGUGGAUAUGGACUUGGAGAGCGAGGAUGGGUAUGAGAAACGGGUCGCCGCUGACAUGAGCGGGGACGAGGAGGAGAUGGAGGGCGCGGGAACGAGCAGCAAAGCUAGCAAGAAGAAGAAGGUCGUGGUCGGGAUCAAGGGAGGGAUGCAAUUGCCAGAGUAUUGGCCCUGGAGGGAAGCCAAAGAGGUGUUCAUGAAGCCGGAUGUCACGCCGGGGGAUGAUCUAGAGCUCGACUGGAAACGACCUGAUAUCGAGGGUCUCGUGCAAUUCCUCUGCCGCGAAAAGGGGUUCGCUGAGGAUCGAGUUCGAAACGGAUGCACUCGAUUGGAAAAGAUGCUCGGCGCGAAACAACAGGGACGACUGGAUGGCUUUUUCAAACCCACGGGGGUCGUGACGAGCAGCAAGACGGCGAGUUCGAAAGCGGGCGAUAGUAAGGGGAAGGGGGGAGCGAAGCGAAAGGUCAGUCUGUUCGAAUGUUUGGAGAGUGUCAAGAGGAGGCUGAUCCGGUCGUCCUGA